GCCACAGGAAAGGACCAGACCCUCGGCAAUCGUGAAUGCAGUUGUGCACUAUGCGACGCAUAUGAGGGGGACAUUGAGGAUUUUAACGUUUCCACCGCACAUCAGCAACUAGAAUAGGCCAAAUGAAGAUAAUGUCGGAUGAUGACGCUGCAUUGGAUUCAAUGGAUACCGAGGAAGAUAUUUUUGCUCCUCGCAACCGUAGCUUGGAGUCAAAUGUCAGACGAUCCAAGAGCCUGCGCAAGCUGAGAUCGCACUCUAGCUCCAAUUCGCAUAUAACACGAAACAAUUUAAGUGUACGACGUAGUACACGUAAUAGAAUGCAGACUUAUGACAACCUUAACACUAGCUGGAUUUUAGGAACACAGACAUUGAAAGGCUAUCCCAUGUUUCAACAACAUGCUUCCUCCUCAGACAAGGAAAUGGUAGACGAUGUCCCUGGUAGAAAGCACGAUCUCCGAGAUCGUAUGCCCUUACGAUCUCGUGAGAAUCAUCCACCUAACAAGAACUCGGCGAGACUUAGAGAUCUCAGAGAUAGAACGGAGCAUGAUCGACGAAACAGCAGGGAACUUAGGGGUAGACCUGAACGCGAUCUUAAAGAAAGAACGGAAGAGGUUAAGCCAGAGAAGGAAGUUAAUGAGCAAACUAGGCCGGCGACCGAGGAGAAAGACACCAGGACAAGAAAAUCUGACAGCCCAAACCGAUUUCGAGAAGGUCCUGUAACGAGACUAUGCGGCAGCAUAAACGAGAAGAAUGAAAAGCCCAAGACCGAGCAGGACGAGGCGGAUGAUGAUAGCUCGCGAGAAAGUGAAAAGCCAGAUAACAACGAUAAUUCUGAGAAUGAAGAUGGAUAUGAGGACAUGUACACGCGCAUUAAGAGAACAAGACGCACGGCUCAACGACAGCUGCCAAGAGUAGUGGAUAGUGAUCUGAGCGAGUCAUCGGAUUCUCCCGGGCCUAGGAAAUACAGUUUACGUCAGAAAAAACCUACUGUAGAUAGGUUUCAAGCUAAUGUCGAACCGGUUAGACGAUCCAUUAGAGCUCUCAGAAGCGUUCUUAGCAACUCGAUGAGAAGGAGGAAGCAUCGGAGUAAGAGCACGAGUUCCAGCGAUUCCAGUGACUCUGAGCCACAACGUUAUGACAAGAAAAAAGGCAAAAAAGCGAGACAAUCGGCGAUACCGCAAGGUGGCCCACCAGAUCGGAAGGCUGACAUCAAUCCUAUCACCUUAGACACUAACAUUAGAUUUAGCGAUGUUGGGGGUUUAGAAUCCCAUAUUCACUGCCUUAAGGAAAUGGUCGUUUUUCCUAUGAUGUAUCCAGACGUUUUCGAGAGAUAUCACAUUACCCCACCGAAAGGUGUCUUGUUCCAUGGUCCACCAGGGACUGGUAAGACACUGAUAGCCAGAGCGCUGGCCAACGAAUGCAGCCAGGGUAACAAGAAGAUGGCGUUCUUCAUGAGGAAGGGAGCGGAUUGCCUAUCCAAGUGGGUCGGAGAAUCGGAACGACAGCUGAGAUUGUUGUUUGAACAGGCUCAACAGAUGAAACCGUCCAUAAUAUUUUUCGACGAGAUAGAUGGUUUGGCGCCCGUCAGGAGCACCAAACAGGAUCAGAUUCACGCCAGCAUCGUGUCUACGCUCUUGGCGCUGAUGGAUGGUCUCAGUGACAGAGGGGAGGUGAUAGUGAUUGGUGCGACCAACAGAAUUGAUGCGAUUGAUCCAGCUCUACGAAGACCCGGCCGUUUCGAUCGCGAACUCUUCUUCCCGCUGCCAGCCAUGAAAGAGAGAUUAGAGAUCCUGAAGAUCCAUGUCAGCAAGUGGAAAAAUCCGCCGUCCGAUCAGUUACUGGAACUACUAGCGGAGAAGGCGACCGGUUAUUGCGGUUCGGACUUGAGAGCCCUCUGCACCGAAGCAGUGCUGCAAGGAUUGAGAAGAACCUAUCCGCAAAUUUAUAUGACAAAUGAUAGGCUGUUAUUAGAUCCAGCGAAAGUCGAAGUUAAAAAAUGUGAUUUUACGCAAGCGAGUUCUAUGCUCGUUCCGUCAUCGCACAGAGUAGCUCCGUGUGCAGGGAGAAAGCUACAGCUCUUCAUGGAACCGUUAUUAGGGCCUCCGCUGGAAGAAUUAAUAAAUUUGAUAAGAGGGAUAUUUCCGCAAGGUGUCAAUCCUGCUAUGGCAAAAAUGAAGCACACUAAGGGUAUUCAUCGUCCGAGACUAUUGAUUUCCGGCGGCAAUUUGUCGGAGGGUCAGGGACCUCAUUUAGCCCAAGCGUUACUGUACUGCAUGGAACAUCUGCCAGUUCAAAUUUUGGAUGUCAGCACGUUAUUUGCGGAAAGCGCUCGAUCGCCGGAAGAAACUUGCGUACAGGUAUUUAACGAAGCUACUAGGAACGUACCGUCCAUAAUUUACAUUCGGUCGAUCGAUCAAUGGUGGCCUCUCGUACCAGAGACGGUGAAAGCGGUUUUCCUGUGCCGCAUCGCAGCACUGGAUCCUUCAUUGCCGAUCUUGAUCCUCGCAACGAGCGACGCGACGUAUCAGGAUCUUCCUAAUCAAUUGAAAAAUCUGUUCAGCGAAUUACGUGGGGAGGUGUACUCCAUGAAAACUCCCACGACCGAGCAAAGGAUGAAGUUCUUCCGACCUAUAUUCAUGGUUCAGAGUCUGAGACAGCCACAGAUUAAGAGCAACAAAGUCGAAGUUUUGGAAACACUGCCACUAGCGCCGGAUCCGCUGCCAAAGAAACUCACAGAGAAGGAGAAGCAAAUCAUUUACGAGAAGGACGAAGUGUCACUGAGAGAACUGCGAAUUUUCCUGAGAGAAAUCUGCGCUAAGCUAGCGAGAAAUCGACAAUUUUUCAUGUUCACGAAGCCGGUGGACACGGAGGAGGUACCGGAUUACAAUCUGAUCAUAAAGCAACCUAUGGACCUGGAGACGAUGAUGACGAAAAUCGACAUGAAUUGUUAUCUGUGCGCGCGCGAAUUCCUCGACGACAUUGAUCUCAUAUGCAGAAACGCCCUGGAAUACAAUCCAGACAGCUUACGUGAUAGGCCUUCCCUCGGAAUAUUGAAGAGGGAUCCCGCGGAUAAAUUAAUAAGACACCGGGCGUGUUCGUUGCGCGAUAAUGCUUACGCUUUGAUAAAAGCCGAACUGGACUCUGAUUUCGAGGACAAGUGCCGCGAAAUCUCCAAGAAUCGCCGCAUCCUAGAGAGCAACUGCAACAACGAGGAGGAGAGUAAGAAUGCAAAGUCGGAAUCGACUUCGACGAACGAACGAGGCGAGAAAAAGGAGUCCGUGAAUUCUAGUCAAUCUCUCGUCGUGAAUGGGAAGAAAUUCGGUAGUUCGCGGAAACGCAAGAUACCCGCCUGGGCACGAGGCUACGUAAAGAAGGUCCACAAGAAGAAAAAGAUCGCCUUCGAUGAAAACGUUACCGAGGUGAUCGUGAGUAAGUCGCUGAACAACGAGACUACUACCAGCAUCGACCUGGAGAAAUUCCAAGAGUUCGAGACGGAGGCGCACAGCGUUUUGAACGGGCACGUGGGGCUGUUCGACAACACCGAUUCGGAGAACGAUUCGCAGAACGAAAAUUCGAAGGAGAGUCACAACGACGCUAUGGAUCACCGAAUGGACAGCCUCGAUCAGAUGGAGACGUGCUACACAGAGGAGGAUAGGUCGGUUAGAAAUGGACUUGCUCAAAGAAGUGGAGAGGUUUGCGGAGUACAAGUCACAGCGUCACUAGAAUACACGAGCUAUACUUUGUUAAGUUUUCGAGGAAAAAUGUCUGGUGUAAAGGAUUUCUCCUGUAUUGGAGGACUGGAGAAACAUAUCAGGAUUGUGAAAGAGAUGGUCCUGUUCCCGCUGAUGUACGGUGAUGUGUAUGCAAAAUUUAAUCUCAGACCACCGCGAGGUUUAUUGUUCUACGGUCCACCAGGAACGGGAAAAACACUCGUGGCCAGCGCUCUAGCAACCGAGUGCAGCAAUUCCGAACGCAAGGUCUCUUUCAUCUCGCGCAAAGGUUCUGAUUGUCUCAGCAAAUGGGUCGGAGAGAGCGAGAAGAAACUCGAGAAGGUUUUCUCACUGGCACAACAGUCAAAGCCGUGCAUCAUCUUCUUCGACGAAGUCGAUGGUCUUGCACCCGUGAGGUCUAGUCGACAGGACUUCGUCCAUGCUAGCGUGGUGUCUACUCUUUUAGCUCUGAUGGAUGGUUUGGACAAUAAUUCGGAGAUCAUAGUGAUAGGUGCAACCAACAGGAUCGACGCGAUCGAUCCCGCUCUGAGAAGACCCGGCAGAUUCGAUAAAGAGCUAUACUUCCCAUUGCCUUGCUACAGAGGCAGGAAAGAGAUACUUUCGGUACACAUCAAAAGUUGGAAACAGAAGCCAGCACAGAAAUUUUUAGCGUAUUUGGCGUCGAAGACCUUGGGAUUCUGCGGCAGUGAUCUGCAGGCUCUUUGUGCCGAAGCAGUCAUGUGUUCCAUUCGCCGAAAUUACCCGCAGAUCUAUACCUCCAAGUCCAAGUAUCACAUCAACGAACGCAAUCUCAAAGUGGAAAAGGAGGAUUUUCUAAAAGCGCGUCAGAAUAUCGUUCCCGCAUCGCAUCGCGUCGUCAUCGCCCCAAUCAAGAGUUUAUCCUGCAGGGUCCAACCGUUAUUACAGGAGGAUCUGGCAGCUAUUCUGUCACGGUUACAGGUGCUUUGUCCAACCGGCAUGCUGAUGUCCGACAACAUUACAGGCAGAGCAGCAUCCAAAUCGAGUGGUUGUCCACGACUCCUGUUGUGUGGCGACGACGAUUCCCACACUCGUCACUUGGGACCAGCGUUGCUACAUACCUUGGAACACUUGCCAUGUCAUGUCCUGGACGUCACGACGCUGUUCGAAGAAACGGGCAAGGCGACCGAGGAGGCCAUAAUACAAAUGAUCAAGACCGCACGUCGUACUCUGCCGGCGGUGCUGUACGUGCCCGGAAUUCUGACCUGGUGGAGUCUGGUGAAUGAAACAGCAAGAAUCGCGGAGUUGUACGAUGAUAAUUACGGUGAGGUGUACGAGGUGAGAUCACCUUCGCUGUCGAAACGGCGCUCCUUCUUCAGGCAAUUGUUUUUCAAUGGAGGUUCCGACGAUCUCUCCGAUCAUUCCUCGCAAGGUGAUCAUCCGUCUAAAAUAACCGUACACCGAAUAAUAAUUAUGCUAAUGAAUCCAUUUUUCACAAACGUAGCGGAUCUACUGCAAAUCCUGAGCCCGAAGAAGCUCAAGAACGAAAAUAACAAAAGAUUAAGAAGCUACGUGCAUUCCACCAACUUUAAUACGUUACUAGGAACGAACAUGAAGAGAGAAUACGCGUCCGGUGAAGGUCCGCAGAAACGGCAGAAGCUAAUGUCCGGUGCGUCUUCGGCUCCGUCCAGUACCGAAAAGCUCUUUGGCUCUCAGAUCGAGGAUCUGAUCGAAACGAUCGUUCUCUCGACCGACGAAUGGCCGAGCCAGCUACUGGAGAGCUUGUUCUCCACCCUCGAGCUCACGAUGGAGAGCAACGGAGAUUUGUGCGCGACGGUGAACGAGUAUGUUGCGCGUUACAAGGAACUGACAGAAGCGAAAAUGCGUGCGAAACAGGAAGAGGACUUGUCAGUUUGAAUGGAAUUUUUCUCGCUUCCUUCGUCAAUCGUCGUUGCAAUGUCUGUAUCCAUUGAGUCGCAGCGCGCGAUAAUCGCGCGCAAUCUGUGGCAUGUAAUAUUUCGUGGUGCAAUAAACGAAGCACAAUAAGGAAGUCUCGUUUUAAUUGCGGACCUUGUGCAGUCUUUUACCAUGACGAAAGCAUAUGAUACCAUUCAUCAUGCCGACACUUAAGCCGACCUUAUUGGAAUCUCCUCCAUCUAGUUUCUUCCUCAAUGCUCAAGGCGAAUUGUUCCCCACCUCGUGACAAUGUUCCAUGUGCCUGUAACGCCUUUGAUGCCUGCGCUCUACAUGGCAAUUCGAUGCCACGCGGAUGACCUCUCUUCUCUCUUCGUGACUUCAUAAGAUGGAAUCGGUUUCACGUCCUACUAGGAGAGGAUCUUCGCGCGUAGAGGGGUCCAAAGCGACCAGGCCCCCACAAGCUUAACAGUUAGCAUGCGGCUGUGCUGUGCGAUGCUGUGCAUCAAGUUGCUGCAUCUUGCAUCUCCGGUGCAGUGGGAUUUAGCGAAUCACGUGGCGGAGUGUAACGUGAAUUAAUGUGUUCCAUCUGCAGUAUUAUAAGGACAACAUCAAACGUGCAAUAACAUACGUGACGAUACACGAUUGAGAAACGACGGAUCACAAGAGCAACAGGGUAACACGUGGACAUUGUUUCUAUAGACUCGUAACAGUGCACGAUUGAUUUUUAAUACACGCUGGAUCAUGGCGAUUUUUUUUAACUAAUACGCCUUGCACUUUAUGAUUUGGCUCGUUCCAACGCGAGUAGUUGUGAAGCUUGCUAAUAAAAAUACAAAGGAUGCAAACAGAACUUAAUAUUUUUAUCAAAUAUUUAUUACAAAGAUGUAAGAAAGGUAUAUUUAUACAAAAUUUGAGAAAGAGUAUAUACUCAUAAAUAUACAUUUAACAUCACAAUUCUUUAGCAACAUCUGUAUCUUCCUCUCAGGAAGAUUGAAACACACAUAAUAUUGCGCGAUACUAUGACAAAAAAUUGAUGAAACUAAACGAGAAAGAACCGUAUAAACGGAACACAUUUUCUCAUUUUUACUUUUAACUUAUUGUAUACACAUAGAUCGCCAUAUUCUUUAUAACAUAUAAAAUAUGAGAUAAAUAACAAUAAUGAAAUUUUUAAUAGCAUAUAUUAGUAGAAAUAUUAGUGUGAAAUUGAAUUAUGAUUGUCAACUUUUAGCACAGAUAACCUAACCGACUAAUAUAUAUAACCAUGUUACCUAUAAAAUAUAUUCCGUUAUUUAAUCAUAAAGUAAAUCAUAAAUUAAAAGAAACGAACAGAAAAGAUUAUGUAACAUAUUUAUAUCAUUCAUUAUAAUGUUACUGGUAUUCAAAUAAUUGUUGCAUUUUACUGUGUAUUAAUUUACCAUAAUGGUAAUGACAGAAAAUUCUAUUCUCGAGAGUAAAACUUUUUAAUUGUUAUAUUAUUACGUUUUUGUUUUAUCGAUGUAAGCAUUACGCAAUGCUUUAUUCUGAUUCACUUAUUUAAAUUAAAAUAAGAUACUAUACAACAAAAAAUAUCUAGUCACCAUUUUUAGUUUCGCUUAAUGUAAUAGCGCUUUAUGUACCAAAAUAGAUACCGUCAAGAAAAUUGACAACACGCUUCUUUUAGAAACUUUGAGAAAGAAAAGAAGAAUGUUUUAAUAACAUAAACCGAAAAAAAAA